AAUCUUUUAACCAAUAAGCAUUCAGAUAGCGUCCGUUAGAACUUCUUGUUGAGACAAGCAGUGAGUUGAGUGUUGCAGUGGCAGAAACGCUUGAAAUCCUUCCAUUUUAGCCAUUUGGAGACAAAUUCGUCUUAAAAAUGGCUGUAUCAAGACAGAGGAAUAUGCAACUGCUAGGCGACUCUCAGAAACCGGGUUUGGACAGUGAAAAUAUGAAUGCGGGAAAAAACAUUUUGGGCGAAAAGACGUCUGUAGUGACACGUUCAGCUUUGGGAAAUAUUAGUAAUAAGAACACUACAACGGCUCAUGGUGUACAAGCUCGAAAGUACUCGAAGAAGCAUGUAUUAACGAACAAGGAAAAUGCUGCUAUUACAACAAGAAGUAGAGCUAAAGAGAUCGCUUCUUCCAUGGCUAUCAAAGAUAAAGUCAAAGAAAAGUCUCCAAGACGAGAGACUGCCAUGGAAGUUGUUGAGGAGCCAGGUGUAGUCAUAUAUGAUGUCGAUAAAGAAGACCAGGGUAACCCACAGCUUGUUAGCGAAUACGUUCAAGACGUGUACGCGUAUUUAAGGAAAUUAGAGAGAGAAAUUGAAAUAAAAGAAGACUUUCUGUCAUUGAAGAAAGACAACCCGAUUAAACCCCGCAUGAGAAAAAUCUUGAUUGACUGGUUGGUCCAGGUUCACUCUAGAUUCCAUUUGCUACAGGAAACUCUUUACAUAACUGUGUCUAUCAUUGAUAGAUUCCUUGAGGAGGCAUGUAUAAGUCGGAACGAAUUACAACUCGUCGGUGUGACGUCCAUGCUAAUUGCUUCAAAAUACGAGGAAAUGUAUUCACCGGAAGUGAAUGAUUUCGUUUAUAUCAGUGAUAAAGCUUACAAGAAAGAGGAAAUCCUUAGAAUGGAAAUGAUUAUCCUGAGAUCACUAGAUUUCCGUCUUGGAAAACCCAUUCCGCUACAUUUUUUACGUCGAUAUUCUAAAGUGGCCGAAGUAGAUGCCUUGAAACAUGGCCUAGCCAAGUACUUAAUGGAGUUGUGCUUGACAGAAUAUUCUCUUUGCCACAUACUACCAUCAAAAAUUGCUGCAGCUGCCUUAUUUAUGUCAAUGAAGGUAUUGGGUGGCGAGAAUGCCGAAUGGACUGAUGCCCUCAUCCACCAUAGCACCUACAGACAACAAGAUCUCAUUGAUGUUUUGAGAAAAAUGGCGGUUUUAGUGAAAACAGCUGACUCGGGAAAAACAACUGCAGUUUAUCGAAAGUACUGUGGAUCUAAACAUUUGCGUGUGGCAAGUAUGGUCGAAUUAAAAUCUCCUGUCAUCCAGAAUUUGAGUAGAUUGGCAGAAUCAGUAGAAUAA